GCACUUGCAGCACUUGCAUUCUCAGUCUCCCUUCUUUCGUCCUUUCCGCGCCCUCCCGUGUUGUUGCUCCUGGGUUUGCUGUUGCUGCCUUGUCCUUGCAACUGGCUCGUAUAUCUCUCUCCUGCGUUGCCCAUGUCCCGAAAUAGCAGCAAUGGAUCAUGAUCGAGGGGUGCCUGCUACAUAGUAAUGUACCUGCUCCUUCGCGCAAAUACGUCUGUGCCGACGCGCGGUUGGAUAGGUUUCACAAAAUAUGCAAUGAACGCAUGGCGGGCAAGACAGCGCCUGCAUGGUACAGGGUACAUUCAAUACUGCUUCUGGUUGCUUUCCGCCAGCGACCCCUGGCCUGGUAAAGCAUUUAUCCACUCUCGAAGCUGUAUACAGCAAAUUGUCCAGAGCAGGUUGCGAGUCUGCUCCAUCCGCGGUCCGGCACAAUGCCUAGAGACAAUUUAUUGGAGAGGGCGCGCGCGCGCAAUCUGGGAGCUUCGAGCCCGCGGGCCAUGUCCUGGCACCAACAUGAAGCGGAGAAGGAGGAGGAGCGCUGUAGCCCACUCUGUUGUAUGGUGUAUAUUGCCCAGCAGGUACUCGUACUCCGUCAUAGUAGCAUUGCUCCAUAGUGGCGGUGGUACCCCAUACCUACCAGAAGCGCUCUAAAUUGCUGUAGCGGCAGUUGAGAGCAGGCAUCCAGUAGUAUUACAGUAGAAAAUCAGAGCCAGGAGAGGUAAUGGGAUAGGGCCUAGUACCGGUACUAACUAGGUAGGUAGGCAGCAUGGCCUUUGAGGAGGAUGAGAAGGCUUGCUUAGGGGGCUGCCCCGUCAUUACUGCUGUUA